AUGGCCACUAACGUAGACUUCGUGCUCGGCAGCAACCUUCUGAAGCAAGAGCAGGCGCGGAACACUUCCAAGCCGAACGCCACCUCCUUCUUGAGAUCUGUCGCGACUAAUGUCGACCCAAUUCCUUCCGUCUUCGUGAUAGCUCCACCAACAACACAAACGACCCUCGCAAUUGCCACCCACCUCGAAGCUAAAGUCGCCUCCACACCAACCGCCACCCGACCGGACUCCAUCGCCCUCCUCUCGCAAAUCCAGCUCCUACAGUAUCUCUCCCUCAGCGGCCUGGCCGAGAGCAUCGGUGACGUGUCCGCGGCCCGUUUCGAGCGCAGCUCUUCAUCCCGUCCACCAGCUGCCGCAACCAUAUCACCACCACCACCAGGAAUCCUCCUCAUCCAAGGCCUAUCCCCAACCCUGACAGAAGCAGCACGCCGCCACGGCGCAACCCACACAGCCGCCAUCGCCUCAAACCUGCUGCACUCACUCACACACCUCAGCCGCACAUAUUCCAACCUGCUCGUGCUGGUUGAGCUGGAUGCCGAAGUCCAGAAACCCUCUGCCGCCAUCAACACUCACGCUGCUCAAGCAGCGCUAGACUCAGCAUUCACCUCUCCCAGAGGCGAAAUUCUGCUCCUCGGCCCCGCACCCACGCCUUCAAUGGCAUUUGGAGGAAGCACGGCCUCAGUGAGCGCCAUCCUAGAGCAGAGCAUGGACACUCUCAUCGCGGUGCACGACGGGUUCGGGCGGACGAGGGAGCAUGACCGACAGGAGAAGAAGAAGGGUGGGCCGGAUCGGGGCAAGAGCUUGAUCAUUGAGGUGGUCAAAGAUCGUGCGGGUGGAGAGGUGGCGAGGUGGUGUGUAUGGGUGCAGUGA